AUGGUGAGCACUGGUCACAGCGGUGACGCCGCGAGGUCCCCCUCCCCAACCUGUUCGCCCCUAGAACAGGCGCACCUCCUGCUCGUCUCGCUCUUGCGCUGGUGGCCGUACGCGCCACAUGAGCAGAUCCCGUCGGUCUUGCUCUGUGGACCCACCUCGAAUGGGAAGAGCCACCUCGUUCGUCGUGCUGCAGACGCCGCCAAUGCAUGCACAGACGCUCCUACUGACGAUGUCGCCCACGUUUCGAAAAACGAGGAGGACCACCAUGCAGUAGUUUGCAGAGGGCCAGCGGGCGUCGCCGCGGAAAAUAUGCCCAUCUCAGUAUUGCUGCAAGUGCAACGCCGAACUCGCGUCGUGACGGUUAUUCCGCCUCUUGCCAAGGCUGUGGCAGUUCAAAGCGCUCACGACGGCAGCACGGGGCUGCGUCGGCUGCUCCGUCAUGCCAUAUACGAGGCGUGCAUCGCAUACAGCCGUGAAAGCGCCACUACGGCAUGCGUAGCUAAUGACACGCUCCACACCACACCACCGACUGAAAUCGCUAUCCUGCUUGUUUUGGAUCACGUUGAGUGCUACCUGCAGCAAGAUGACGCGCACAUUCACGGCAGCAGCAGCGCAACCGCCGACCCAGCGACACGGCAAAGUCGCGGUGUAGGAGGGCCGUCUCGUGACGGCUCCAACGCACAGGGUCUCAACACGCUCUACCCAGCCUUCCUCGCCGAUCUUUACACGGUGUUACGCAGCUGCCCGCCUCUCUUCUCGCAGCACGAGUGCGCCACUCUGCACCUAACGCGCCUCGUCUCCGUUGCUCUCUUUACGGGAGGGCUGGACGAGGUGCUUUCUGUUGUUCGGCACCGCUACGUUGACUACGCCCUCUCCCUGCCCACUCCGACAGAGGCGGAGCGGCGCGCGUUCUUUCUACAAUACGCCACAACGUCUGCUACUGGUCAAGCGUCGUCACUGCUGCCGCUUCCAAUGGUUGAUGCGUUGGCCCUGCGCACCGGUGGGGUCUCGUACGGAGGACUGCAGGAGGUGCUGGGCCUCGCGCUCGACCACUGUACCUCAUCGACGUCCCGUCCUUCCUCCUCUCCCUCCUCCGACCCCGGCACUGUCGAAUGUGAUGAGCAUGUGGCUGGUGCCAUGGCUCAGGCAGUUCUUCAAGCCUAUCAAUCCAGCGGCUCCGUCACAGCCUUGGAGUAUCGUCGCAGCGCAGGGUUUGUGGACGUGCAGGUGACGCGGUGGGACGAUAUUGCUGGGAUGGCGCACGUGAAGGAGACGCUGCAGCGGUUGGUUACCGAUCCGAUUCGGCACCGCGACACGUACCGGCACUUCCACGUGCGCCCCUCGACCGGCGUGCUGCUCUAUGGCCCUCCGGGCACCGGCAAGACGAUGCUGGCCAAGGCCAUGGCAACCGAGCUGAACGCCUCCUUCGUCUAUAUGGACCUACCCAAGCUGGUGCAGGCGGAGGUAGGCGAAUCGGAAAGGCGGCUGCAGGAGUAUUUUAAUGUCGCGCGCGAGCGCAGCCCCUCGCUUGUGUUUAUGGACGAAAUACAAGCUGCCUUUGGACUCCGCUACGCAAAUGCCACGGAUGCGCAUCGGCGUCGCGUAAGGUCUAUCGCGGCUUGCGGGGAUGGUCCAGACAGGGGCGCCUCUACCCCUGCCACCGCCACUACGCACGAUGCCCGUCUUGUGUCUCACCUUCUUCACCUGCUGGACGCUGCGCAGCAGGAUGAGGAGCACUUUGUCCUCUUCGUCGGCGCCACAAACGUCGUUCACUUGCUGGACCCACUCCUCCUACGUGCCGGUCGACUGGACACGCUCCUAGAGGUGCCGCUACCGGAUGCCGCGGCUCGCGAGAGUCUCGUACGGCGCGUCGUGUAUGGAGAAUGGGCUCAUUGGCUGUACGAACAAGAAAACACUACUUCCUCGGCGAACGUGGAUGGCGACUGUGUCGCUGCCCCUGCUCUGAUUGAUACCAAGCAGCUAGACAACCUCCGCGAGGUCCUGGUGGAGGCGUUUGUGCGCCGCUCUGACGGUUUCAGCGGCGCCGAGGUGCGCAACUUCACGUCGGUGUUCGGUGUCCAGCUUGCCCGUGCUGUAAGUAAUAAUGUGGAAGCGAUGCAAGACGCGGUGAUUGACGAGCAACUGGACUGCACAGAAGCCACUCACGACCCGCGGAGAGAGCAGUGCGAAAGGCAGCGGCAUCUGCGUCGUGCCAUCACCGCCUUCCUUUCCACAAGCGGAGGAACAGAAGGGGGGCUCAGCUACGAUGCACUGGCGCUAUUGGAUGCCGCUUACAAGAAAUGUGUCUCGUAA